AUGACAGACUACGACGAGGAGACAGUGACCAUCAGGCGCCUGCCAGAGGAGGACCUGAGCGUGCGGGAAGUGAGGAUCAGCUGCCCGGAUGCCACGGGCCUGGGCGUGGACAUUGCGCGCAUGCUGCUGGACUUUGGGCUGCGCAUCCUCAAGGGAGACAUCUCCACCGACGGCAAGUGGUGCUUCAUCAUCUUCAAAGUCUGCCUCAGCUCCGGCGUGCCGCCGCGGUGGCAGCUGCUCAAGUCGAGGCUGGAGGCCAUCUGCCCAAGCGGCACAGACACGCUGCAGCAGCUGUGGCGCUGGCGCUCGGUGCCCAAGGAGCAGCAGGCGUUCCUGCUGCAGGCAAGCCAGCGGCUGGUGGCUGGGUACGACCGCCACGGCAUGCUGCACUCGCUAUCUCACGCCCUGUGGGAGAGCGACACCACCGUGUUCAAGGCCCACAUCACCACCAGCCCCAACGGCAAGGUCGCCGACUUGUUCUGGGUCUACGACAAUAGAAAUGAGCUGCCUGAGAACCACAGGGUGCUGGAGGUGUGCGACCGCGUGAAGGGUGCCCUGGGCCCCGACACGGACUGCACCAUCACACCCGCGCCGCUGGACAGCCUGGCCGCGGGCGCCACCACCAGCGCUGCGCUGGGGCGCAAGGCGUGCAAGGAUGUCACCUCCACCUCCAACCUGCGCCGCAUCGUGGGCAGCAAGAAGAACCUGGGGCAGAUCGGCAGCCAGGAGGGGGCCAAGGACACUUUUUCGGAGCGGCAAGCAGAGGUGGAAGUCAGCGUGGACAACGAGACAUCGCCGGCGCACUCGCUGCUGACGCUGCGCUGCCGCGACCGCAAGGGCCUGCUGUACGACCUGUUCCGCUCCCUCAAGGACAUCGACCUGCGCGUGGCGUACGGCAAGAUUGAGGUGUAUGAGGAUGGGAUGUGCGAGGUGGACCUGUUUGUGCAGGACGCCGAGGGCACGCGCAUCACAGACACCGAGCUGCUGCAGGAGCUGGUGGAGCGGGUGAGGAUGGCGGUGGCGCUGCCGGUGCGCAUCGACAUCAAGGACGCGUACGACGCCUCGUGCACCGAGCUGACCAUCACCGCAAACAUAGACAGCGGCGGGCGUGGGCGGCCGCGCGUGACCUUUGACGUCACGCAAGGCCUCAGCGCCGCAGGCGUGGGCGUGUUCAUGGCCGACGUGUACAUUGAGCGGCCCGAGGUGGACCCCUACGGCUGCCCCCUGAUCAGUGGCCCCGUGGCCCAGGAGAUGCACCGCUUCCUCAUCCACAUGCCCAACGGCCAGCCCGUGAGCGGCGAGCGCGACAAGAAGGCGAUCUACGAUGUGGUGAAGGCGCACCUCAUGGGCACCAGCGUGCAGCAGCAGGCGAUGGCGGCCGCCGGCGCGGGCAGCUACGACGCGCUGUACGGCUCGCCCGCCGGCGGCGAGGGCGGCGGCGAGGGCGGGCUGGAGGCGCACCCCGUGGGCGGCACCCUGCACGACCCGCAGCAGCAGUCCAUCCUGCGAGCCCUGAGCGGCAAGUGGAAGUUUGGGGGCUGA